UGCUGGUCCGCUUCCCCUCUUCUGUCGUCGAAAGCAGGGCCGCUCGCAGCGGACGUUUAUACCAGUGCCGUCAGGAGGAAAAUCCAGUGAAAAUGAGUGACACGGAGGAAAAUGAUAUCCACGCCAGGCACCGGAAGGAGCGUAAGGAGAUGCAGGCGAAGAUUCAGGAGCUGAAGAAGGCGUCUAAGAGUGAUAAGAAGAAGAAGAAGGAGAGCCUCGAGGAGAUCGCUAGACUCGAGAGUGAAUUGGAUGAGAGACACGCUGCCGAGUUGAACGGCAUCAAUCGGGAGCACAAGGAGCGGAAGGAGUCCGAGUCCACAGAUCCUGAGGAGAGUCAUGACAAGAAGAGUCGCCUGUCCAAGGCACAGCGUCGCCGAGAGAAGAAAGAGAAGGAGGAGCGUGAUCGAGAGGCAAUGAUUCUGGCCGCGGAGGCUCUGAAUAUCAACACUGCCCGUCAGCAGGAGUGCACUGCCAUCCGCCAGCUGUUGCAGGCUCGGAAGCUGGCCAUGCACGAAAUCCCCUCUGACGGGAAUUGCCUGUACAAUGCGGUGAAUCACCAAUUGACAGUGACCGGCCGGAAGGCACUGGAUGUCACUCGACUGAGAGGUUUAACGGCUGACUACAUCUUCGCCAACAAGGACUCCCUCCUGCUGUACAUGACCAACCAAGAGACGAACAAUCCGCUCACAGACGCGGAAUUCAGCAAAUACUGCGACUCCGUGAAGAACACCGCAGCCUGGGGAGGCCAGAUCGAGAUCAAAGCACUGUCGCACAGUCUUCACGUGCCCAUCGAAGUUAUCCAGGCCGCAGGCCCACCCACCGUCCAGGGAGACACUGAGUUCGAAGGCCCCAAUCUCGUACUGACGUACCACCGCCACAUGUACAGCCUCGGAGAGCACUUCAACUCCACCAAGGUCGCUCCCGACACUCCCGAGGACAACUAACCAACCCACCAUU